GGGAUUGAAGCCGGGUCACCUUUAAGGAGCUUGGAAGGAGAUGUUUGGCCUUGGUAACGGUGUCUCGAUGUGGUUCGAGAUUCUGCCCGGGAUCGCCGUCAUGGCCGCGUGCUUAUUCAUCCCGGGAAUGGCCACUGCAUGCAUCCACAGGUUCACUAACGGGAGCAAGGAAGAAAGGGUUGCCCAUUAUUCAUAUCAGUGGAAUUUGAUGGAAAGAGAUAGGUGCAUCUCUGGAGUUAAUCGUUACUAUGUGUCAGAGGGUUUGGAGAACAUUGAUUAAGGAAGCAUUUUCCUGAUGGAUGAAAAAUAACUCAGUUAUGCUUGU